GCGCGCACCGGCUGCAAUUGGGCCGCCCGGGCAGCUUGGCUGCCGGCAGGGCGAGCCCCUGGCGUACGCCACCAUGGCGCACUGUCGGGCAGCCUAUGCCGGUAGCUUGAUGAGACACACUAGCAAGCAGUCGCGACUUUUGAGAAAUCAAGCAAGGUCUGUGACUAGCUCUAGUGCUGCUCACCGAUCCCGAUUGACGACGCCAAUGCAAUACAUUCGCUGCGCCCUCCUCGCCGCCGCCGCCUCUGCACUCGCUCCGCCGAGCGUAAGCGCGCGUGCACCCAUAUCCUUCAAGGCUGUCCACCAGGACAGCACCAUCGCCGUCGACGAGCGCUUCGCCGGCGACAAGACCCUCCCGACCUCCUGCGAGACGGUCGCGACCCCCGGCGUGCAGUGGUGCGCGGACGUCGCUUCAAGCCUCGCCGAGCCCGGGCCGGAGCUACUCUCGACGCUGACCAUGCCCCUGCCAUUCCACGUCCCAACGAAGAAAGGCUCUGGUCUAGUACUGGCGAAGGACGAGAAAGGGGAGGACGUUUAUGUGCCGGACCCGCAGUCGUCGAGACUUUGCGAGGAGCUCGUGGCGCUCGAAGGUGUGCCGAACCCCGAGGCUUUGUGGCUAUUAGUGAGGGAUGUUCCUGGGCACAUUCUCGUGCCGAAACUAAGCGCAGCGAUCGCCUACCAGAAGUCGGCGCCUAAGGGAGAUUUCUGCCAGUAUUUCCUCGACACCCUCGUCCCCCAGGUGGAGGAGGCGAUCAAGGCCGCGCCGGACCUCUACUCGGCCUCGAAGGCCAUGAGCGACGUCUCGCAUCUCGGCGUGAACCUCGGCGGCGGGUGCUAUCGGACCGUCGACCUCCUGGACAACAAGAACCUGAAGGUGAUACCGGGCGUGAUGGUGUUCCACCUCGCCGUCGGUCGCCGCGGCGACGGACACAACUCUUUUGCUAGGGACCGUAACAAGUGCGAGACCGGCAAGGCGAUCGUGGAGUCGCUGCGACGCGUCUACGCGGAGGCCGGGUGCCUCCCGGAGAUCGUCCUUGUACAGGAGUCCUGGGCGAUCAACGGUUGUGAUCAAGUAGGCGUCCGGCGGUCCGAGAAGGGCGACGUCGUGACGUAAGUUGUCCGAGUCGGACCACUUUACGCGUCUUCAACUUGCGCGAGCCUCCACGCCGUCGACGCGACGGGCUCCUCGCACGCAGGUACUCCAUCAACAAGCAGGAGUGCGCGAUCAACAAGGUGGCGCUUGCGCUACGGCGAGCGGUGCGGAAGGCGACCGCGCGCCUCAACGUGAUGGUGCUGGCCUCUGAGGACCGAGGGCCCAUCUACUUCGUCGACGCCGGCCGCGACGCGAUCCUCGGCGCCCACUCGGGCCGCUUCACCGCGCUCGAAGCCCAUGGUCUGGUGGAGCGAGUCUGCGGCUCGGCGACCUGCCACCACCCAGGCUUAGCGUGGAUGUGCCAGGCCUCGAAGGUCACGUUGGAUGCGGCCGUGGCGCCCUGCGUCCGAACGCCGAUCUACCGAUCUACUCGACCUCAUAUUUUAUUUACGCACAGGUGGCGCAGGGCGUCGCGGCGAUCAUGGGCGCCCACGGCAUGAAGGUGCCCGACGCGCUCGCGCAAGCGACGACGGCGGGCGUCCAGGAGCCGCCGGAGGGCUUCGAGCGCAAGAUUGUUUCUGGACACCUCAAACUCGUGGCGCGGGACGGCGCCGUCGCGUCGCGCGCCGACGACGCAUACGCGGCGGCGGCUUCAUUAGAGGCGGACACGUCCUUGACGCCCACGGCGGCGCUCGAUGCUGUGCGGGCGGCGCGGCUCCGCCUGGAGGGCCUCCGGUACGAGCCCCGGAGCAACGGCCACGCCCGGUGGUUCUUGGACGGCGCCCCCGAGCCGAUCACGCGCGUGAACUACGCGGAGGCGCUGUCGGCGCGCCUCGUCGACGAGGUCCUCGUCGGCCUGCGCUACGACGCGGACGAGCGGGUCAAGGUCGCGUUCGACGAGACCGUGCGGGAGCAUUACGCUGUGAAAGGUCUCGACUACGAGUGGAUCAGCGGUAUGAGCACGCGCGGCUAUUUCAUCGAGGGCUGUUUGGCCUCCUGCUGGCCUUUCCGGAUCCGUUCGAUAGAGGACGCCCGCGAGUGUUCGCGCGAGCUGGGCGACGGAGGCCUCAUCGGCCGCGGUCUCGACGACCUGGACGUGAGGCGGACCUUCUUUAAGUACGCGACGGACUGGAGCGGGCGGUCUCAGGCGGAGCGCGACGCUUUGCCCACCCCGACGCAUAACUUUGCGGGAGGAUGGGUGUCCGUCGUGCCAGAAGACUUCGAGACGCUCGGCUCCCCCGCCGAUUUGCGCUGGGCGGCAGAAAGGACGGACGACAUGCCCGAGAAUCGCCCCGUCGGGAUUUCAUUAACGUCCGGUCCGUCGUCGAACUGGCGGGUGUUCAUCGCGCGCACGCAUCUCGGCUGCUAUCCCUCCGCGGCCCAAGCGUGGGCCGCGUACCCGAAGGCUACUGCCGACGACGACUCCGAGUCCGACAACAACUCGAUCACGCUCGACCAGAUGCGCGAGAACGCGAUGCUGCCGCCGGCGAAGCGGCAUCGCUCGUGAUAAGUGUGCUAUUUGUUA